AUUUUCGGACUAGCGUCGCUCCUCCUCGAAGUUGUCGUCAUUGUCAACGUUACGAUCAUUGUGAGAAACGCGCCGAAGAGGGGGCAGGGUUAAGGGACUAUCAAACGGGUUGGUUCUCGACGCGCGAUUUCUCCGAGGGACUUCCCGGCAAUCUCGGCUGUCAUUCGGUUUUUCGUUUAAAAGCGGACGCGACGACACAAUGCCUACCCAGUUUAACUUUUGACACGCGCUGUAACGAUGUCAAUCACCAUGAGAAUGUCCUACAUCAUCCGACUGCCGGCGCUGUGCGCCUUCGUACUCCUUCUCGGUCUCCUCGAACACGCGGUGCUCGCCGUUCCCAUUGACAACAUGAAUUUCAUCAAUGCAACUGAGUGCCCGAGAAUUGUCAGUCGAAAGGAAUGGAAAGCCAGGAAGCGUCUCGAAUUCGAGAUAAUGCCGGUAACACCAGCACCGUACGUGGUAAUCCAUCACGGCGGUAUACGUAACUACUGUCAGGAUCAGGAGACGUGCUCCGCGAUCGUUAGAUCCUACCAGAACUUACACCUGGACGAUCGGGGCUGGUGGGACAUUGGUUAUAAUUUCCUCAUUGGCGAGGACGGUAAUGUCUACGAAGGUCGCGGCUGGGACUACACUGGCGCGCAUUCACCUGGAUACAACACCCAGAGCAUAGGCAUAUGUAUCAUAGGACACUUCAGUGACUUUCUCCCGAACGCGGCCGCUCUGAAGACGUUGAACGAGCUGAUAGCCUGCGGGGUUUCACUUGGCAAGAUAAGAGACAACUACAACGUAAUUGGUCAUCGACAAGCGCGAAACACGGAAUGCCCCGGCGAGACCUUUUACAAGUACGUAGUUACUCUUCCCGGUUGGACUGCAAAUCCGAUACCUCACAUACGUUCGACCACCACCACGACGAAACCGACGAUGCAGGAGGACGUAGAGGAAAACAGCAAAUCGAACGUUACUCUAUUUAAGAAUGCUUAUAUAUUGCAUGCCACGUCGCAUAUAGAAUCAGUAUCGUUUUUACAAGUCAAAAUGAACAUCGCAACGACGGUGAUAUUAAUCUUUGCGACGCUCGUCGCCCAGGAGACUACCGCCAAUAGCCCAAACAUCAUUUCUAGAACACAAUGGGGCGCUAGAGCACCGAAAUCGCAAGCUCUCAAUCUCAAAUUAAAACCAGCGCCUUACGUGAUCAUUCAUCAUUCGACUGGCUCCGGCUGCGAAAUUCAAGCUCUGUGUCAGUUAAAAGUGAGGCAAUUCCAGAAUGACCACAUGAAUAAGAAAGGAUGGGCCGACAUUGGUUACAAUUUUCUAGUCGGUGAAGACGGAAACGUUUACGAGGGUCGCGGAUGGGGCAAGCAAGGCGCUCAUUCUAUACCAUUCAAUAAGAAGAGUAUUGGAAUUUGCAUCAUCGGAAAUUACACAAAUCGAACGCCAAAGCCAGCGGCGGUACAAGCAGUGGCUGACUUGAUCGUUCAAGGCGUAGAGAACGGCGAAAUAAAGAGUGAUUAUAAACUUCUAGGACAUCGACAAACAUGGGCAACCGCAUGUCCUGGAGAUAGUCUUUACGAGAUGAUAAAAUCGUGGCCUAAGUGGUCGCAAAGUGAAUAAACUAAAUAUAUAUAAGUUCUAAUAUAACCCGUAAUGAAAAUCUUUUUUUUAUCAGUCGCGAUCAGAAUAAUAAACUAUGAUUUUGUAAUCGAUGUUAUACGAAAUUUACGAGGUUCGUAUCGUAUUUGACUGUAAAAACAUUAAAAUUUACAUAAUCGAUCAAUUUUAUGUAUAUCGCUAUAUCGAACUAAUUAAUAGGUCAGAAUUUGUACUAUUUGUAGAAAUAAAUAAUCUUUUUUUACA